UCACGUGACAUGUAACGCAAGUCUCUCCUUCGCUUUAUUUUCUCUAGUAGCUGCAACGUGUUUCCUGGUAAAAUUGCCAAAACUUUUCUUUACUAAAAUGGCAGCAACUGUAAGAAAAAUAGUGAGUACACUAAAGUCUCCUGGAGCUAUCGGUGCUUAUAGUCAAGCAGUGAUAACAGACAAAACAAUGUACAUUUCUGGACAAAUUGGGCUGAAUCCAGAGACUAUGGAGUUUGCCGGUGAAGAUGUGGUCACGCAAGCUAAACAGGCACUGACCAAUAUGGGACACAUCCUAGAAGCUGGAGGUUCUGCAUUCAACAAAGUUGUCAAGGCAACCGUUCUUUUGGCUGAUAUCAAUGAUUUUGCUGCAGUUAACGAGGUCUACAAGUCAUAUUUCACUGAGAAGCAGCCAGCUAGAGCAGCAUACCAAGCCGCAAAUCUCCCAAAGGGUGCAAGAGUAGAAAUUGAAGCCAUAGCCAUUGUGGGGGAGGUGAUUGAUGAACCUUCAGAUUGGCAGAAGAGUAGGCUGUAGGUUAUAGUGAAUGGUCAGUUGCCAUAUGGGAAAUGUAUAGUAUUAGCUUGCAGUUGGCAAGUUUAUAAUUUCUAUUCUGCUAAACUACUACUUUCUGUCUUUUACCAUUACAACUAAUAGAAUUUGGUGUUUUUUGAUUGGUUAGCAUGAUUGGGAACCAUUUCAGGGCUAGCCAAUCAAAAUGCUUUGAGGAUUUUGAAUGACUGAAGAUAGAAGAUUUAAGCGAUUUAGCUUGUGGAAAUAAUCAGUGAAAGUUGAAACAAAUAUAGAAAACUGCAGUAAAUUCUUUCUAUAAGAUACCAAAUAACUGACUACAGCUUUUGCAGUUGGGUUUUGGUUUAAGGGAUAUGUAGGUUUUUUUGGUAUGUUUUUUAUUAUUUUACACUGUAAGAAAUAUAGCUCUUCCCACUUGAA